UUGAAUGGUGAACCCGACACGCCACGAGCUUGUAAUCGAACCGUGACCACCGAUCCAGUUGAAAUGAGCACCGAGAGGAUCUGGCAACUGAGCCUGUUGCUGAUCGUGUCGUCUUUCAGGGUACUUUCAGCAGAUGGCGUCUGCCCGAGAAUAGAAAAUUACACGGUCACCUCGAUGGAAAGGUACACCCAGCCGGUUACCGUGAAUGCGUUCACCUGGUGCCUGCAGAUCCCGCCCAGGUGCCCGACGACGCGGACGGAGAUGAGGCAACGAUAUCGGAAAAAGACAGAGUCAAAGACGAGGAGCGUUAACGAGUGCUGCGAGGGCUACCAAACGGUCCCAUCCAACGACGAGGAAAUCGGCAUCAAGUGUGUACCAUUCUGUGAAAACUGUCUCUCUGGUAUUUGCGUUUCUCCAAACGUGUGCGAGUGCAGCCCCGGCUACGAAGGAAAUGACUGUGCGACUGUGUGUACACGGGGCACGUGGGGCUCGCAGUGCAAAGAGAAAUGCGACUGCGUCGAGGACGUAGCCUGCGAUCCCGUAAACGGACACUGUCUAUGCCCGCCAGGAUCACGCGGACGAAGAUGCAAUGAGUCGUGUCCGGAGGAUCGAUGGGGACCGGAAUGCGUGUUUCCGUGCGAUUGCGGCGAUACCGCGGGCAAGUGCGACCCUGAAUCCGGCCGAUGCGUCGUGAACGAAACGGUGAACGCGCGUCAAGAGAUCAACCAGGCUAUGAACGUCGCGAUAACCGAGGAGGAUGAACGAUCGUCGACGAUUCUUGGGACGACAGAGGCGACGCUGGAAGUUAGUCAUGAGGCUCCCGCCACGUCGGAUAAUCCUUCGGAAACAGCGAGCCCGGGAACCACCGUUGCGUCGAUCCCGGAUCAACCGAAAACUAGGGCACAGUCUCGCGAAUACGGGAACUCGAGCACCGUCAGGCCAGUGAUCGUCUUAGUUUCCGUGCCGGAGAGAAGGAGGAACUUGGAGAACGAUCGUGGAAAAUUCCCGAUGAAAAAUCCGUUCCUCAGGCACGUCGACGAUCUUCACGGGCUUUCCUCGCCGAAAACGGAUUACGUGAAAAACAUUCACAAAGACGAGGUACAUCAAUUUCCAAUUCCCCUGGACAUCGCUCUGAUCGUGAUCGCCUCGAUCGUAUCCCUCGGUCUGACAUCCGUCACGGUCGUGUUGGUUCUCCACAUGCGAUCGAAGCUCUUCGAGACCGCCAGACUGUCGAUCUACGAGUUGGAGAAGAUGAAGAGUCAGGAGAACACCGGCACAGUCGACAGAAGGAUCUCCUCCAUAGUAACCAGCGCCCUUCCACAAACUCCAGUUCGAAUGAGUACAUCCUUUUUCGCGUCCACUCCGGAAACUGGAACCAUGCUGACGAUUCCCAACAUCGAUCCAUCGAGCAACUACGCGAACGGAGCCGCCACGAUCGGUCUUCGUAUAUCCGGCAGUUUACGUGAUUUCCUGCAAGAGGAUCAUUACGAUCGUCCACCGGCGACCAGGAUCCACCUGCAAACCAACUUCGACGCGAACACGGAACACGUUUACGAUGAGAUACCGCUGCAAUCGAGUCCUCUGUGCUUCCGCAAGAACGCGUGA